AGCACUACACCUACUCGGAGUUUGAUACAACUAGAGAAUUUUUGGAAGAUGAAGUUGACUCAAUGCAAUACCUGACAGUUAGUAUUUCAACAUCAAGUAUAUGGGUAACAGAAUUUAAGCUGAUAGUUUAUAUUCAAGAAGAUUUUCAGGUUGAUGUGAAUGAGACCCGCCAGUUCCUGGUUUCUCCAUCAGCCCCACAAUUCUUUCAAUUCCAUUUCCCAGAUGGAAUGGAUAUUGGUAUUAUCAGCAUGGACUCCCCGACCCCCCUCUGUAUGACAAUGUCUGUGCAGAACAUCUCCUGUCCUGUGUCGGACCUCGACAGGAACAUAGAGUUCGAGGGAAUCUGGCAAACUGUGGAUAUGAAAACAGGAAUGACAAUAAGGCGAGAUCUUUUCCCCUCAGGACUCCAUAUUGUGUUUGUUGUGAAACCAGAUGAUCUAGAUUGCAGGCAUACAAGCCUAUUAGAUACAAACAGAUGCAUGGGACCCUGCAGGGAUAAGAUUGUUGAGUUUACAAUUACUCAGAAGAUAACAAAAGAGGAAUAUUUGACUGCAACAUUUGGAGCCUUUGCCAUGUUUCUGGGAGCGUAUAUCAUCGUCAUUUUAGUUUCAUGUCUGAUCUGUGUUAGAACCCGUGUCAUGCCUCAGGAAAGAAGUAUUUUUGAGGUUCCCUCUAGACCAGAACCUCUAGGAGCUCCUCCAGAUACUAUCUCACAACCUAGAUCCAGAUAUGGAAGUAUCAGUUCUAAUUCAACGCUCAGUAGUACGGCUGCAUCAGGUUUGUCUGUAGGAAGACUUGUCCCAGUUCCAUUGCCUGCUGAGAACAUAGAAACUUUAGAAAAUCAAAAUGAGGAUGAAAUAAGAGUACUUCAGACUCCCGACCAAGAACAACGAGAAAAUAGUCCGGACUCCCAGAUUCGGAACAUUUCUAGUCCGGACGAUGAAGAAGAUGAGAGAAAUAGUCCAGAUGGAGUUGAUACAAGAGCCUUGUCGCCGAUGAUGGAAGUGCCACGAACAGUAGAAUUUGAAGGAUCUACUAUUGACGAGAGUGAUUACGAUCUACUGAGAGAUGCUGAUCUUGACAAGGAUGUUUUUCGAACUAAAACAUUCCUGUUCGUCUCGGAUCUAUCGAGAAAACAUCCUAAAGUGAACAGCAGGCGUUCCAUGAUGUAUCAGUGGAAUCUUAUAACAAUCGCAAUUUUCUAUGGUCUUCCAGUUGUUCAGUUAGUAGUUACAUAUCAACAGGUUCUCAAUCAGACCGGAAACGAAGAUCUUUGUUAUUAUAAUUUCCUUUGUGCUCAUCCUCUCGGUCUUCUGUCAGAUUUUAAUCAUGUUUACUCAAACAUUGGAUACGUGAUGCUGGGUGGUCUUUUCAUGGUGUUUGUUGCCCGCAGGAGGUUUAUAUACAACCAGAUCUGUGCAGAAAACCCUAGAAUCAGACGAAUGUUUGGAAUCCCACAGCAUUCAGGGUUAUUUUACGCCAUGGGACUUGCUUUGGUUAUGGAAGGACUUAUGUCAGGAUGUUAUCAUAUCUGUCCAAACCAUUCCAACUUCCAGUUUGAUACAGCGUUUAUGUACACCAUUGCUAUACUCUGUAUGCUCAAGAUAUAUCAGUUCAGGCAUCCUGAUAUUAAUGCAAAUGCUUACACUGCCUUCGGAGUUCUAGCAUUUGUAAUCCUGAUUGGUGUUAUCGGUGUGCUUAACUCAUCUAUACUUUUCUGGAUUUUCUUCACAGGAGUCCAUGUGAUCACGUGUUUGAUAUUAUCUAUCCAGAUCUACUAUAUGGGUAGAUGGAAGGUGGAUGCUGGACUAUUUAAGAGGAUAUGGCUGAUGUUGUACAACGAUAUUUCCUCCCUGUGUAUGGGUGCCUGGUAUGCUUUGAAACCAACCUACCCUGACAGGAACAGAUACAUACAGUACAACAACUUUCUUUAUAUUAAGGGGGGUUGUAUUCUUGUGAUGGCCCAGAAUGACAAGGAUUUUGCCAGCUUCCUGUUGGGGGUUUUUAUUAUUAACCUUCUCCUCUAUACUUCAUUCUAUAUUCUCAUGAAACUCAGACAUGGAGAGAGAAUAUGCAGACAGCCACUUACUUACAUACUUCUUGCCACACUCAGUUGGGUUCCUGCAAUGUAUUUCUUCUUGAAUAAAUCUACGACAUGGAAUCUAUCCGCAGCGCAGUCGAGACAUUACAACCAGAGCUGCAGAUUAUUUCAUUUCUAUGAUAACCAUGACAUCUGGCAUUUUCUAUCCGCAGCCUCAUUAUUUUUGUCCUUUAUGGUUUUGUUGACAAUUGAUGAUGAUCUGAAUGAGAAACCUCGGGACAAGAUUCCAGUCUUCUAAAUAUUUUUUUAUAUUGUUUAAUUUUAUGUACAGUGGGACCCAUAAAAGUGUGGAUUAGAUAGAUGAUUGUUCUUGAUUUUAUUAGUUAACAUGAAACAAUACAAAGGCCCAUUAUAUCUCAGGAGUUGAUUUUCAAGCUAUUUUUUGUAACAAGUAAAAAAUAAGAUUGCUAAAAUAUCGCUUUACCAUAGUCUUAUUGGGUACCACUGGCGAUUUGUUGUCUGUUGAAAAAGUUGCGAAAAUUGAAAAAAUGUAAUGGGGGGGGGGUCUCCGGGAUUCACCAUGCUGAUUAAAUAUUUAGUCAAUUAUUCAGCUGAAAAAAGAUCUGGGGUUUAAAAACAUAACGUGUUCAUAGUUGUUUGAUUAGAUAAAUAAGCUGUUCUAUAAACAUUGAUUGAUUAGAUAAAUAAGCUGUUCUAUAAACAUUGAUUUUAACAGUUAAUGUGUUUGUAAAAAUCUCGAUGCUGUGUUAAAUACUUACCAUUUACAACUGGAUUGCCAAAAAGAUGAAUUUUUACAUAAAGACAUGUCUGAAAUAUAAAUUAUCUUGAACUUA